GCGGAGAGCGCAUCUUUUGUGACCCUCAGUUCUAUCUAGGGUUUCCACCCCCCCUCCCCCUCCCUCAUAAUUUUUCCGCGAGGGUUUCGAGCUCCCGCUGCAGCUCGAACUGUUUCCAUCCCUUGGCCGUCCUCGAUUGCUUCUCUGAUAUUUAUUCACAUAGACCAAGAAGAUUAUAUUGGGCUUCAGCUUGAUAUCUAAUUUAUACAAUAUUCUUUUUCACUAUAUUGCACCUGUUGAACGUCACCCUCUUGAUUAUCAAUUUGAGAUACUUUCUCUUGCCUGUCUCAUAUUACUCGUACUGUUGCCAACCACAUGGGAAAUCUGACUUUGAAACUCCUUUGAGCCACCAUGGCUCGUAUUGAGUUGAGAUUCUUACUCUGUAAUUCCUGUUGGCCUUUCUAUUUUCCUCAUUCCAAUGUAUCUAUGCUUCCUCUCGCGAAUGCUUUUGGCUCCUGUGCUUCUUCCACAGUUGCCUUGCGAGCUUCUUUCAGAUACCUAAGAUGCCGAGGACAAGGGCAAGUGCUGCUGCUGCUGCCACCAAUCCAGAGCCAGCGAAUCCAGCUGAGCCUGAGGAACAGGUUGCUCUUGAUGACCCUGAGGAAAUGAUGGAAGAAGAGGUUGAGUAUGAAGAAGUUGAGGAGGAAGUAGAAGAGGAGGAAGAGGAAGUUGUCGAGGAGGAGAUUGAGGAGGAGCUUGAAGAGGAGGAACAAGAAACAGAUGUUGCUAAUGGAAGUAAUGCUGGUGAUGCAGCUGGUGGUGAUGCUAGUAUGGUAGAAGGUGAAAAGGAUGACGAUGAGAGUAAGAAGCAUGCAGAGCUCCUUGCACUCCCUCCUCAUGGAUCAGAAAUUUAUGUUGGCGGCAUACCUCAUGAUGCAUCAGAGGAAGAAUUGAGAAGCUUUUGUGAGCCAAUUGGAGAGGUGACCGAGGUUAGGGUGAUGAAAGCAAAGGAUUCAACAGAGAAUAAAGGUUAUGCUUUUGUUACCUUUAAAACUAAAGAGUUGGCUUCAAAAGCUAUUGAAGAACUAAAUAACACCGAAUUCAAGGGUAAAAAAGUGAAGUGUUCGACAUCUCAAGUUAAACAUCGGUUGUUCAUAGGUAAUAUUCCUCGAAAUUGGGCUGAGGAUGAUUUGAAAAGAACCGUGACAAGUAUUGGUCCUGGUAUAAUUAAAGUGGAGUUACUGAAGGAUCCACAGAACUCUUCUCGUAACCGGGGUUAUGCUUUCAUCGAGUAUUACAACCAUGCAUGUGCCGAAUACUCGAGAAAUAAGAUGUCAUCUCCAAAGUUCAAGUUGGAUGCAAAUGCACCAACUGUGAGCUGGGCUGAUCCUAGGAGUGGGGAUUCCUCUUCUAGUUCUCAGGUAAAGGCUAUUUAUGUGAAGAACUUGCCAAAGAAUGUGACACAAGAACAGUUGAAGAAGUUAUUUGAACACCAUGGUGAAAUCACGAAGGUGGUACUGCCUCCGGCAAAGCCUGGACAUGAGAAGAGAUAUGGUUUUGUGCAUUUUAAAGAGCGCUCAAUGGCCAUGAAGGCACUCAAGAACACAGAGAAAUAUGAAAUUGAUGGUGAUGUUCUCGACUGUUCACUAGCAAAGCCUCCAGCAGACAAUAAAAAAGUUGAAGCAGGAUCAAGCGCUCAAAAAGCUGCUUUGCUGCCAAAUUAUCCUCCUGGGAUUGGAUAUGGUGUUCUUGGAGGUGCUUAUGGUGCUUUAGCUCCAGGGUUUGGACAGUCUAUGGUUUAUGGAAGGGGACAGACACCUGCUGGCAUGGCGAUGGUGCCGAUGAUCUUACCUGAUGGACGCCUUGGAUAUGUAUUGCAACAACCUGGAGUACCUGUGGCUUCACAGCAGCAUGGUGGAAACCGUGGAGGCAGCUCAAGCGGAGGGAAAAGCAACGACGGGGGCCGUGGGCGUAGAUUCCGACCAUACUAAUUUUUCAUGGCCCAUUCAUGGAUCGGUCACAGGAGCUCAACAUGGAUUCCUUGUUUACCGACGAGCAUCUUGUGUGUAGUACAUUAGUUCAACAGUAGCUAGCAUAGCUUUGUUUGUAAGCUAGGAGUUUUAAAUCAUCCAAAUUUCUGCAAGUUGUAGUCGUUUUGGAAGUUGGAUAUUCUUAAAAGUUGCUUGCGGAGAGAGGAUGAUGAUGAUUAUGGAUCAUGACAUUUGGGUGUUUUUGCUUCA